CUGUGUAUUCUGUGAGUAGAAUGUGUUUCUCACAGGUUGUUAAGUCCCUUUUUCUGGUGUUCCUCUUGGGUGGAACUCUUACUCGAGUACGGUGUCUUAGUUUUAAUUAUACGUUGUUCGACACAAUCUACCCUGAAAGUGGUUCUGGUCAACUGAUUAUGUCGAAGUAUUCACAUAUUGAGUUCGGUGCUAUUCAAGUUACACCAGAUGUUACGGGAGCUAUUCCAAAUUAUUCUGGGCGUGUCUUUUACAACAAUACAUUCAGAUUAUGGGACAAGACCAAAGGUGUGACAGCAAAUUUCAGUACCACCUUUGUACUUAAUAUCAGUCCUAAGACAUCUCCAGGAGGCGAAGGCUUGAGCUUCAUAUUAGCUGCAGAUACCACACCUCCACAGAACAGCGACGGACAAUGGCUUGGGAUUGUAAACGCAAGCACGAAUGGAUCCUCUCAAGCUAAUGUGGUGGCAGUUGAAUUUGACACGAGAAAGAGCUACCAAGAAGAUUUGGAUGAUAACCAUGUUGGCCUGGAUGUAAAUACCAUCUACUCAGAACCGCAAGUCCCUUUAACCAACCUUGGUAUCAAUCUUUCUUCUUCUUCCAAUAUAACGGCAACGGUUCAGUAUGAUGGCAAAAAUAUGACUCUGCGUGUUUCUUCCAAGGAUGUAUUUUCUUGGCCGCUUAAUCUCUCUGAACAUCUUCCAGAGGAGGUUUAUGUGGGAUUCUCAGCUUCAACAGGAAAUGACACUGAACUCAACUGCAUAUGGUCAUGGGAAUUCAAUGGUUCAGAUAUUGGUGAUAGUGGUUUUGGCGGUGGUGGUGAUAAUGAUUUAAAGUUGUUGUGGUUAUGGAUCACAGCUCCCGCUGCAGUAGUGCUUGUGCUAAGUGGGAUUGUCUUUUGCUUGUAUUGGCGGAGGAAACAGGCUCUAUAUGCAGAGGAUCCAUAUCCAGGGCUAGAAGACCAGAUCAGAGGGUCCUCUACAGCUCCACAGAAAUUCCUACUAAAGGAGCUGAGAAAAGCAACAGGCAACUUCAAUCCCAAAAACAAGCUUGGAAAAGGCGGCUUUGGAACAGUCUACAAGGGACUCUUGGCAAAUAAGGAGGUAGCUGUCAAGAGAAUCUCAAAGAAUUCUAGUCAAGGCAAGCAAGAAUUUAUAGCAGAAGUCACAACAAUUGGCAGCCUCUAUCACAAGAAUCUUGUGAGAUUGAUCGGAUGGUGCUAUGAAAGGCGUGAGCUCCUUCUAGUUUAUGAGUUCAUGCCGAACGGUAGCCUUGACAAGUUUAUAUUUGGCAAUGAGAAACUAGGCAUGGAGGAACCAACACUCACCUGGGAGAAAAGGCACAUCAUAAUUCAUGGGGUAGCUGAGGCACUGGAUUAUCUUCAUAAUGGAUGUGAAAACAGGGUGCUUCAUCGAGACAUAAAAGCCAGCAAUAUAAUGUUAGACUCAGAGUACAAUGCAAAGCUCGGAGAUUUCGGACUAGCUCGUACCAUUCAACAGAGGGGAAAAACUCACCAUUCAACAAUAGAGAUGGCAGGAACACCAGGAUAUAUGGCUCCAGAAACUUUUCAUAUUAGUAGGGCAACUGUUGAAACAGAUGUCUAUUCAUUUGGUGUUCUUGUACUAGAAGUUCUCUGUGGAAGGAAGCCUGGAAAUCAGAUUGAAGAGAACAACUACAACAGCAGCAUUGUGUAUUGGCUAUGGGAACUUCACAGGAAUGGAAGGAUCCUUGAUGCUGUUGAUUCACGACUGAACAUGGAAUUUGAUGAGGAAAGAAUGUCGUGCAUGCUUAUUUUGGCAUUGCUCUGUUGUCAUCCAAAUCCACACCAAAGACCCUCCAUGAAAACAGUUUUACAGGUACUUACAGGAGAAGCACCUCCACCACUUGUGCCCACUGAAAUACCAGCUUUCGUGUGGCCAGCCAAGCCUCCUUCAUUCAAAGGGGACUCCGGAAACUCUCUCUCUGAAAGCAAACGUUCUUCUUUCACAGAACUCACCGGAAGAUGA